CAACUGCUACUCAGCCAGGAAGUGCAUGAGAAGUGUGGGGCCAGGCAGCUCAGAGCCUGAAGAAGGAGCGUCCAGAGAAGCUGGGGAGGAAGGGACCUCCUCAAAGGCUGCUCCUGGAGACCUCCCAGAUACAGACAGGAGGAAGUGAGAGGUGAACUCAGCCUGAGCCUGGCUGGGUAAGGCUCUCACUCACCCACCUGCUCUCCUGACUACCCACAGCCAUGGCCCUGGCCCAGCAGCUGCGUUCAGAGAGCGACUUUGAGCAGCUUCCCGAUGACGUGGCCAUCUCAGCCAACAUCGCUGACAUCGAGGAGAAGAGAGGCUUCACCAGCCACUUUGUUUUUGUCAUUGAGGUGAAGACUAAAGGAGGAUCCAAGUACCUCAUCUACCGGCGCUACCGGCAGUUCUACGCCCUUCAGAGCAAGCUGGAGGAGCGGUUCGGGCCAGAGAGCAAGAGCAGCCCAUUCACCUGCAGCCUGCCCACGUUGCCAGCUAAAGUCUACAUGGGUGUGAAGCAGGAGAUUGCUGAGACCCGGAUCCCCGCCCUCAAUGCCUACAUGAAGAACCUUCUGAGCCUGCCGGUCUGCGUGCUGAUGGACCCCGACCUCAGGAUCUUCUUUUACCAGUCUGCUUAUGAUGCAGAGCAGGUGCCCCAGGCGCUCCGCAGGCUCCGACCACGCACGCGCAAAAUCAAGGGUGUGUCUCCACAAGGCACCAGCGUGGACCGCAUGGAAGCUCCAAGAGCAGAGGCCCUGUUUGACUUCACUGGGAACAGCAAACUGGAGCUAAGUUUCAAAGCUGGAGAUGUGAUCUUCCUUCUCAGUAGGAUCAACAAAGACUGGCUGGAGGGCACAGCCCAGGGAGCCACUGGCAUCUUCCCAGGCUCCUUCGUGAAGAUCCUCAAGGACUUCCCGGAAGAAGAUGACACCACCAACUGGCUGCGCUGCUACUACUAUGAAGACACAAUCAAAACCAUCAAGGACAUUGCGGUGGAGGAAGACCUCAACAGCACCCCCCUGUUCAAAGACCUGCUAGCGCUCAUGAGGCGUGAGUUCCAGAGAGAGGACAUCGCUCUCAAUUACCAGGAUGCUGAGGGGGAUCUGAUCCGGCUGCUGUCAGACGAAGAUGUGGGACUCAUGGUGAGGCAGGCCCAAGGCCUCCCCUCCCAGAAGCGCCUCUUCACCUGGAAGCUGCAUGUCACCCAGAAGGACAACUACAGUGUCUAUAACACGGCGCCCUGAGUCAUUGUGGUCCCUGUGGCAAGAAGUGGAUGCUUAACAAAAAGCCUGCACCCUGUAAGGACAUGAGGACCUUCGGGAGGCUGGGAUGAGAUGCAAGCCUCCUGGGCAGAGGCUGGUGUGCCCACUGGACCAGGAUUCUACUAAAUUUUGACACCUCUGAAUUAAAUAAACCAUUUUGUCUCUAAGG